CCUCUGGUUCAAUUAAUCUUCUCUAAUUCUUGUUUCAAAUUUCUGGUCCUAUCAUCUUCCUUGUUUUUAUUCACCCAAUCACCAAACCCAACAUGUAUUCAAGCAAUUUCCAUCAACCAUCCUCUCAAUUUGGUUCUCCAUCUUCAUCUCCUCAUUAUGGCGAGUUUUUAGGUUUCUACAAAUGUGGUCUUCGACCAGUUAAAAGAACUGCUAUGACUCGAUUGAACUAUGGACGCAGAUAUCUUCUCUUUGCUUUGGUUAUAUCUGUUGCUCUUCGAUCAGUUUGCUGUGCUGUGCUGUGCUCUGCUUUGAUGAGGAAUCUGAAGGAUGGUGAGGAAGUCGGCCAUACCUGUGGACUGUUCUGUAAUGAUCCAUGUGAAUUGAAAUCUAGUUGCAAUUUUUUCAUUUGGUUUGAUGAUGACUUUGAUUCUCGACCUAAGUUUUGGAUAACAUAUUGCUGGGAUAAAGAGCAAGCACUGAUGAAUGAGAUUUUACAAUUGAAAAAGGAGAACUUGGACCUGCAUAGAGAGAUUGAUGGUUUGAAGAAUUUGAACUAUGAAAUGGAAAACAAAGUCAGUGGGAUUGAGACAAUUGCUUCAAGUUAUUUGAAGCUGAAAAAGUGUUUAAUUUGUUGUAUCUUCAUAAUUGCUCUUUUGGCAAUUAAAUUUGCAGGGUAAUUGGUCAUAGUCUACUUUUGUAAUAGGUGAUGAGCAAGUGUAAUAAUAUGUGGUGCGGACUGCUUUUGUAAUUAUCUGACUACUUGUUGUAAAUAUGACUCCUAUUGUAAUUGAUUAGCUUAUGAAUGAAAUAUGACUUUUCUG